CUUGCACCCAGCGCCACCAGCUGCCUAGCCCAGCGAGCAGAUGGGAAGUCGCGGCGAUUGAUUGUGGCUGGGGGCGGCCGCCGUGCCUGACGCCCCGCUGGGAAGGGGUGGGCGUCUGUUUGAAUUGAUCCGUCCUUGGUCGCUUGCCGAGUGCAGCUGUUGCAAUUGGGGGGGGGGGGGUCCUUUCGGCCACCUUGGCUGGGAUCAAUCCUGGUGGCUCUCGCACGGAGGGAGGAAAAUAAAGGAACCGGGGAAGCAUAAAUUCUGAAGGAAGAAGAUUUGCCUGUGACUACUUGAGGACAGUUGCUGAUAACUGAAGAACACAGCUGCCAAAAUGAAGCACUUCCUGAGGAUGCUCGUCCAGGUGUGCCUCUACUUCUACUGUAAAUGCUUGUGGCGCUGCCUGAAAUUUGUCGCGAGGAAACUGACAGGUCGGUGCGAGUUGCAGCGGAUUUGCUACAGCACAAAGCCUGGGGCCUGCAGAACUAUGAAAAUCGAAACGUCACUGAGGAGUUCGAAAAACAAGUUGCUGCAGAGUUCACUUAGUGUUCACCCAGAUGCAAUUGAAAAAACCAUAGAUGCCAUCAUGGACCUGAAGAAGAUUAAUCCGGAUGUAAACCCACAGCUCAGUGUAUCUCUGCAGGCCUGCCUCUUACAGAUUGUAGGGUACAGGAAUUUGAUUGCAGAGGUUGAAAAACUGCGCCGAGAACCAUAUGAUUCAGAAGAUUCUGGGCAUGAAGAAAUGCUCUUGAAGCUAUGGAAAUGCUUGAAACCCGAUUCCCCGCUAGAAGCUCGGAUUUCCAAGCAGUGGUGUGAAAUUGGUUUCCAAGGUGAUGAUCCUAAAACAGACUUCAGAGGCAUGGGCCUUCUGGGCUUAUAUAAUUUGUUGUACUUUGCCGAACAGGAUGCUGCCGCAGCUCAGCAGGUCCUCUUGGAUUCCCUUCAACCAAAGUACAGGGAAGUUACUAAAGAGGAUCUCAGCAAAUGCAGCAAGGCUGAAUGGGAGAAGAAAAAGUUUGAUAAAGCUAUUGGCUACUCUUUUGCUAUCGUUGGCAUUAACAUCACGGACUUGGCAUACAAUCUGCUUCUGAGCGGUGCUCUGAAAACGCACUUCUACAACGUUGCUCCAGAGGCUCCGACGUUAACCCAUUUCCAGCAAACCUUCUGCUAUUUGAUGCAUGAAUUCCACAAAUUCUGGAUUGACGAGGAUCCCCUGGACAUCAUGGAGUUCAAUCGGGUGCGGGAAAAGUUCCACAAGCGUAUCCUCAAACAGCUCCAGAAUCCAGAAAUGGCCCUGUGCCCUCACUUCGCUGCCUCAGAAAGCUUGAUCAACCUGUAGGUGUUGACUGGUUGGGUUUUGGGUUUGGUUUGGUUUGCAAACACUGCCUCAUUCACAUGUUAGGCCACCAUCCUAGAGAAUAAAAAAUCGCUCAUGUAUGGAAUGACCAUAGCGAUUGUAUGCAUGCUUCUUGGUGCAGUAUUUCAUCUCUCUCGUUCUCUUUUUGGCAUCUCUCCUCACAUUGCUCCUUUGGGUGGGGAGGGGCUUGUCAUGAAAAUGGAGUGCUCAUAUUGCGGCAUUUUGCAGUGUUAAACAUUCUGAAUUGACGUCCCUGUAUGAAGAAGUGUUUUUUUUUCUAUUUUUUUAAGUCACUUUUUCCUCUCCCUUCCCCAUUGCCCAUAUAAUUCAGCGUUUAAUUAAAGAACUGUCGUUCUCUAGCUGUGAGAUAUUUUUUUUUGUAUAUGUGGAAUAAUUUAGUGUAUUGUGAAAAAGCCUUUUAACUUAAUUGAUUUGGUUUUACGAUAGCUAAAAACACUUUAAAAAUGGUCAUGAUCCAGGCAAAGUUGAGCACUUUUGGAUACCUACUGAUUUUUCUUUUAAUGCCCUGUGCUUAAAUCUUUCCCAGUGAAAUGAAUGGGACAGAUAAAGGGUUUAACUUUGGAUGAAUCAUGCCCUGUCUUUGUACAUUAUUUAGGACCGUGUAUGUAACUUGGGCCUCAUGCAGGCAAGGUAAAUGAAAAGACGAAGCAUUUUUUCCUGUGCAUGCGCCAUGAAAAAAAUGAGAUUUAUGAUGCAAAUGUGGGAAUGAUUUUAACGUACGUGACAUUUAUAAUGAGGCAGCCGUGACAGUUCGGAAAGGUGAAAGUUGAGUGAAUUUUGAAAGCAUUCACUGUGUUGAUUGCCAAGAUCAGGAAAUGUACAGAUAGAUAAGUCAGGAAAGGAAGGUUUCCUCUUUUUUCAGAAGUUUGCAUAACAGGAGCACCACCAUAUUCAUACGUUCGUGACUACGUUGCAUUACGCUGCUUCGAAAAUGCAAGGUUGACAUGCUGCGUUACCGCAUGUCCUGAGUGCGACAUAGAUUGAUCGUGAGUGUCCUGGAUUGCCUUUGGAGAGGAGCAAAUUAAAAAAAAAUCUACAUUCUUACUUUCAACAUAUUGAACUUGAGCUUCGAGUUGUGAGCUCAGUUUCUGAGUGCUACGAGGAGUAAAUUAGCUAGGGAGAUUUAAAUAAAAUAGCUCAUCAUAAAAAAACGAAAGACUAGAACAAAGCGCUGCCUUGUUAUUUUUAAAAAACACCCCCCACACUCAGUCCACGUGGAAGUCUUCAACCCUGUUGAAAUGAGUGGAAGGUGUACAGGAUCGUGAUUUCAUUUUUAUUGGGCUUGAACAGAAGUCAGUCUUCUUGGAUUGUGCCCGACACUUCUGACACCAUGUGUAGACUGUCAAAAUAGUAUUUACCAUGGCAUUUCAUACCCAUGGUAUUUUUUUUACCUUCGGAAGCUUAGUAUUCUAGGUAGUUUGUGAAUUUGCUUGCAUAGCAAGAUUGAAUUUGAGGUAUUACCUAAUUAUUUGUGAAUUCCAUGAAUAAAGUCACUCUAAGAAUAAA